UGAGAUGGUUGUGCAAUUCGGUUACAAUGCCAAAGCCGAUCAGAAAAAUGGCAUAGGUCCGGAUUGACCAGUUAACGUUUGUCCAACUUCAUCCUGCUCAUUUUUACGACAAUUUUUAUAAAACUGAAAAAUUUGAAAAUUCGCUGCAAGCUUCAGAACAGCUCGAAACCAACACCAACAACGAUCCGUGAAGUUGAAAAUACGGUGCGUAUAAUUCGAAUUUCAGUUCUAUUUUAUCGGAGAUCUAUGUAUAGCGUUUAAACGUUGUAGCAACGGAAACUGAUUGUUUUACAUUUCCUGUAAAAUUUGACAAAGUGAACUAAUCCCUUAAAAAAUGCAACGAACAAAAAGCGCGGAUCGGAAAUUUAGUCACCGUGGAUAAAAAUUUGGAUCACAUCUAUAUUGCAUGAUAUGUUCAAAUUGUGAAACUGUAUAAUAUUACUGAAAAGAAAAUAUAGCACUAAUUUGCAUUUCAAGGGAAACGUUCUCUGUUCGCUCAUAUAACCCAGUACAUACGUAAAUUUGAAAAGUUUUAUUUUUUCGCGAGAAAAUAGACGUGUUGGUAUUUUUUUUACCUCAAACACUAUCGUUCUUUAAAAUUUCAUAAUCAUCUUUGAAAAAUCAAGAUGGCAGUACCGUACUGUGGAGAAACAUUGUUAAAAAUCGGCCAAUAUUCAUAUAAGGUACUUGGAUACGUCGUCAGCGUACCAAUAUGCUUUAUAGGCAUGAUUUUCAACCUACUCGACAUAGUGGUAGGUCUAGGUAUUUACAAGGAAACCCAUGACUUCUCCGCCGAACUUGAUAUUUGCUCAUUUGGCCUUUGUUGAUUUUUUGGUGUUACUGGCUCGUGUGCCAUACGUAUUUGUAUAUAUGAUAAGCCUUCGAGAUAAUAGUGAUUUAGCCAUUGAGCGGAGUUACGUAUGGACACUUUUCCAACUAAAUAUAACGAUGCAAUCAUAGUUACGUUUCAGUUCGUAUCAAUAUUCCUGACGGUAAUGUUGGCUUUAUGGAGAUACAUAGCGAUAGUACAUCCAUUGAAGGAACCCCAUUGGUGCAAUACGAAAACAACACGGAACGUGGUGAUUGCGGGUUACAUACUAUGCUUUGUUUUGUUCACUGUAGGUACCAUUAUACUUGUCGAUUGAAAUAAAAAACGCGGGCGAUGAACGAGCACCCUACUAUUAUGCAGGCUACAACGAACCAAGUCCGAUUCAGUAUUCAGUAGUAGACAUCAUCAAUGGACUACUGGUCAGACUACUUCCAUCAAUCAUGCUCACAGUGUUAACUUUACGGUGUCAAGAAGCACACUUUUUACGACGUCAAAUGGACCUUCGUCGAAGCUAUCGUCGAGAAAAUUAGGCCGAAGAAGCACACGUUGAUCACGUGAUUGUUGAAAUCACUCGUUAUUCCGAUUAUAAAAACUGAAUCGUUGCUGUAAUAUUUUUCUCAUUUACAUAUAAGUAAUUUUUCGUUCGAAGUAUCAGUAUCCGAAUAGAAGACGCGCAUUAGUUUACCAAUUUUUUGUAUCACUAUAUUCCAAUACCUGGAAGUUGUGUCUUGUAAGUUGAAUUUUCUCGUAUUCGAGGAAAUGAACUCAGUGUUCAGUUUGAUUCUUCUUUGGGGCACGACAAGUGUUCUUUUAGUAAAUGGAGACGGAAAGGAAUGGUGGAGGCACGCGAAUAUUUACGAACCAUAUCUAAGGUCAUUCAAAGACAGCGAUAAAAAUGGAAUUGGCGACAUCAAAGGUCUAAUUUCCAAACUAGACUACUUGGUCGAGAUUGGAGUGAAUACUAUUCAUCUGCCACCAUUUCAUCCAUCGUCCGGCGUUGAUGGCGGCUAUGAUAUUACUAAUUUCUACCAAGUAGACCCUGUGUAUGGAGAAAUGCAGCCAAUGCAGGAUGACUUUUAUCAUCUGACAGAAGCAUUGAAAGAAAAAAAUAUAUAUUUGCUUAUGGAUUUGGUAAUAAAUUCCACUAGCUCGAAGCACGAAUGGUUCGAAAAUUCUAAACUCAGAAAGAAAGUGAAUGGAAUUGAUUACACCGACUGGUUCAUAUGGGCCGACCCAAAAGGUAUCGAUAAAGACGGAAAACCAAUUCCACCAAAUAAUUGGUUUAAAUUGCUGGAUUACCACCUACCUGGCUCAGCAUGGACGUACGUUGAAGAAAGAAAGCAGUUCUAUUACCACGCAUUUAUGGAAGAACAGCCUGACCUAAAUUUGAGAAACGCAGCAGUUAAGGAGGAAAUAAAGAAAAUAAUUACAUUCUGGCUAGAUAAAGGGGUUUCGGGAUUCAUUUUGGGCGCACCAAUGCUCUUUAUGGAAGACCCACAACUCCGAGAUAACCCAGAAGUCAAAAAAGACACACCAACAAUGAUGAUUUACGAUGCGCUUCCACAAACUGCUAAUCAUCCCGACACAUUCCCCUUCAUCGCAGAAUUGAACAGAUUUAUUCGACAAUAUGAUCGGGAGCAUGGCAGAGCAGACACCCCAACGCCUAUGAUUGGAGAAAUCUGGGGAUCAGUUGAGAAUCAAAUGAAAUACUUUGACGCUCCGGAUGGUCAUCCAAUGAUCGAAAUGCCAAUCAAUUACAUCAUCAGUGCGUUGAGGGAGUAUUUAAAUGCUGGAAAACUUAUCGCGCUUCUGCGCACUUGGACAGACAAGCUACCAGAAGGCAAAGCAUCAAAUUGGGCAUUGGGUAAUCACGAUAGUCUAGGCAGAAUCGCCCAUUGGUUUAACGAAGAAUAUAAUUAUAUAUUACUAGCAUUGGUGUCCAUGUUACCCGGCGCCUCAACAGUUUAUUAUGGCGAAGAACUGGGUAUGUUGAUCAACAAAGCAUUUCCGGCAAACACCGAUCCAACGAACAGACCUUGGGUUCGUACACCAAUGCAGUGGGAUGAUUCAAAAAAUGCAGGAUUCACGUCGGCUGAAAGGCCAUGGACUCCGGCGCAUCCAAAUUAUUGGCGGGUCAACGUGAGUGCUCAGAAAAAAGAAAAGAACAGUUUAUUGCACUACUUCACGAAGUUAAUGCAAUUGAGACAAACCGAUGCAGGAAAAUACGGUGAUUUGAAAUACCAUACUUUAUCAGAAUGGGUAAUGGCUUUUUCAAGAACUCACGAAGACACCAAAACCAGUUACAUUGUUCUGUUGAAUGUGGGAUCAUACUUUGAAACCAUAGAUUUGAGGAAUGAAAUAGUUAAAAGUGACGAGGAAAGUUUAAACGUACUUAUCUCCAGUCCUAAUUCGCUCUACGAAAAAGGCCAAGCAAUAAAAUCGUCAGAAUAUCCUCUUCAACUUAGACCUCAUUCUGUCAUUAUUUUCCAGCACCUACGGAACGGGGAAAGACCUAUCGCCGGGGAUAUACCUAUCGAGUAAUGUGAGUUGAAGUAGGUACAUACAAGACAUGGUUUUUCCUAACGGCGACGGCUGCGUUAGGUUUUUUAGUCCAGUCUUUAUACCUAGAUUCAUGAAUGAUAAUUAUAAUACGUUUUAUGAACAGCCGUGUAAAAAUAUAAGUUUUUGAUUUCGUU